AUGACUCUCUGUGAACACUGUAUCAGCGGUAGGUGGAUAUUUUGCAUGGGCUACUUUGCCCAUCCCGGCGUCGUCCACGAGGGAGAGACCACAGGUACAUAUGAGAAUAUCGGUAGUAUUAGAACCUAUGUCGCCACUCCUUCGAAGGAAUAUCCUAAAGACAAGGCACUACGUUUCCUUCCCGAUGCGCUCGGUGUGGAGUUCAACAAUAGCAAGCUCUUGGCAGACGCCUUUGCCGCCAACGGCUUCAAAGUGUAUCUCCCAGACGUUUACUCUGGAGAUGCCGUUCCCGAAUCUGCCUUUGACCAGCCGGGAAGCUUCGAUAUACCCGGAUGGCUCUCCAGGCACCCCGCUAGUCUGAUCGAACCUAUUAUCGAGAAGGUUAUGGGCGCGCUUGCGGAGAGCAAGGCGCGUUAUGUGUUCAACCUCGCGUUCGAGAACAGGAUCGCCUGCUCGGUCGUAGCUCAUCCUACUGCGCUUCAGAUUGCAGACCUCGAGAAAUACGCUGAAGUAUCUCGCGCUCCCCUUCUCAUCAACGCCUGCACUAUCGACCCUCAAUCUCCACCAGAGAAGAUUGAGGCCGCAGACAGGAUACUCGGUGGCGAGAGUUCAACCUGCGUAUGA